GUUGUCACGUACUGUGUUGACAACGUUAAGGUUUUCGUUUUCAUUUUCGUUCACUAUUAUUACUAUUAUUAAUAUUUUAUGGAAUUCUAACAAAAUAUAAUCGACAACUGAAGUGCCUGCAAUAUACAAAGGUGGAAUACAAAGAAAACAGCGGUAAAAUGAAUGAGCCCAAUGAAAUACCACUGGACCCUAAUAAAGUGGCUGAUCAACCUGAAAGAAGUCCAAAUUUCGUUGGUAAAAUUACAAAUACUGUAAGAAACGUGACCAACUAUUUACAGUCUAAUGGGAAUCGGGCUGGAAAUAGAUUUUUCUGGGGAGCACCUGCAAUUGAACCUGGGAAUAAUGGUGCUGAUGCAACUAAUGAUCCAAAUGUGCCACGCGAUGAACCGGGAUUAAUGACUGCGAUACAUAUUACUCAAAAACAGCUCGAUAAGCGACUCCAAUGUACCGUUUGCUUGGACGAUUAUGGUAUUUAUGAGGAAGCGAUGAAAUUGACUUGUGGCCAUAUAUUUCAUGAGAAAUGCAUUACUCAUUGGAUUAUUCUGCACGGCACUUGCCCGGUCUGUCGCAGAUACUACUGCCCCGGCGAGCUCCAUUUGCCGCGUGAACCAGUCGGCCCGAUCCGAGCAAUGGCCCAGCGCUUGUACCGCACCAUUCGCUCGCCGCUGGUGUACUUCUUUCCGCAUCUCGGCCGCGAGCAGGCGGUGCGCGCCAGACGUCGGCCCAUUCCGGUGUACAGACUCGUGCGCACCGAGCGAGUGACCGCGGCAACGGCGCUGGACCGCGCCGAACACGAGGCCAGCGAAGCGACCGACGACUACAUGUUUUGCCACGUCAUGUUCAUCAUGCAGAACACGCAGAGCGUACCGCAUCCCGGGCCGCACAACGAAAUGGCCGCGAACAUGCGCAGUCGCUUCGGCCGCCUGCACCCCGACGUCCGUCCGCCCGGAAACCCGCCGCCGGAUCGUCCGGAAUUCCAGUUACCUCCCGACGUGCUCAUGACCCACUACCUGGGCCAUUUCUAGCCGCCGCGGACGCAGCUGUACGCAUACAAUAGUUAGUACUCGCCCGACACGACGGCAGAGUGUAGUGCAUAUUAUAAUAAUCGUACGAUAGUAACAAAAUAGUAUAUAUAGUUGUAAUCCUUUAGUCGCCGACGUACCGCGUACCUGUAGGUACGCCUGUAACGCUCGCGUUGGUAAUACAAUUAGUGUAUUACGUGUAGGCCAUUCGAUGCAUAUUAGAUUAGCGAUGAACAGAGGUCAUCUGUAGUAAAAUGAUAAAAAAAAUUAUAAAAUAAAAAAAAAACAAUAAAAGUAUUUAUUACA